CUUAACAAAAAAAAAAAUGCUAUAGAGCCAUAUGGACAGCACUUAGUCAUAUAAGAGGGCCUAUAGGAAAGCAAUAUGAUAUGCUAAGAUCUUAUUUGGAGGAGCUCAAGAGAGUUAGCAAAAAUGGAACAUUCAUGAUGGAGGUCAACCCAGCAACCAAAGUAUUUGAGAGGUUUUAUGUAGGCUUUGAUGAGUUGAAAAAUGGGUUUUUAGCAGGAUGUAGGCGUGUCAUAGGCUUGGAUGGGUGCUUCCUUAAGACUGGAUUGAAAGGUAUGUUAUUAUAUGCUAUUGGACGAGAUGGAAACAAUCAAAUGUUUCCAAUAGCUUGGGCAGUUGUGGAAGUUGAGUCCGAGGCAUCAUGGACUUGGUUUCUCACUCAGUUAUUUAUUGACUUGAAUGUGGGCACAGGUGAAGGUUGGACUUUUAUCAGUGAUAAGCAAAAGGGAUUAAUGAAUGCAGUUUCAUGGCUAUCGCCACAAGCAGAACAUCGAAAUUAUGCAAGACAUAUAUAUGCUAAUUGGAAAAAACAGCAUAAAGGGGAUGCUUUGAAGAAUCUCUUCUGGAGGGCUGUGAAAUGUACUUUUGAAGCUGAUUUUGACAUGGUAAUGGCAAAUUUGAAGAUGGAGUGCCCUAAAGGUUAUGAAGACUUCAUGAGACAAGACCCUAAGCACUUCUACAUGGCUUUCAUUAGGACAGGUACUAAGUGUGAUGCAGUUGAAAAUAAUUUAAGUGAGACUUUUAACGGAUACAUUUGCAUACCAAGAGCAAAACCCAUUCUUGAGAUGCUUGAAGAAAUACGAGCCAUGUUGAUGGAAAUGAUGACAAAGAGAAGCCAAUUAAUGGUUGAUCGAAUGGAUCCAAUUUGCCCAAGAAUUAGAAUGAAGCUGGAGAAAACUAAACUAGAGUCUAGGUAUUGUUUUGCUAGAGCAUCUUUGGGGAAUAAAUUUGAGGUUGAAGGGGAUGGCAAUAGAUUUGUGGUUGACUUGGCUAGAAAGACUUGUGCUUGUAGGGAAUGGGAUAUCUCUGGAAUACCAUGUAGACAUGCCAUAUGUUGCAUUGCUUUUAUGAAGUUAGAGAUCAAUGAUUAUGUUGAUGAUUGCUUUAAGAAAGAUGCUUAUGAAAAUUGUUAUAAAUUUCCCUUCCCGGUCAUGAAUGGGGAAAAAAUGUGGCCCAAAUUUAGUGGUGAGCCAAUCAAACCCCACCUUACGAAGGAAAAGGGGUAG